GUGAAAACUUUCGUUUCACGAUGAAAAGAAGCUUACUUUUAAUCAUGGUGCUUGGUGUGCUUUUUCUAAGAGAAUCCCUCAGCAAACCAACAAAAAUAGUGGCGAGUUCUGAUGUGUUAGAUCCAAUUGCAUUAACUGUGAACGAUAAAUCUGAAAUUGUUGCUACGAGAGAACAAAGAUCGCCGCAAUUCGGUUUGUUAGGCAGUUACGGCGAUUAUUCUGAUUACGAUGACAAUUUCUUCAGAAGCAGACGAAAGUUUCAUCAUAAACCGUAUCAUAGGCCUGGAGGAUAUGGAUGUCGCCGUUAUGGCUGCGGUGGAGGUGGAGGAUGGCAACCGGACUACGGGAACUAUCAUCAUACAGGACAGGGAGCAUCUUUCGCCUCAGCAUCAGCGGGAUCUAUAAACGGAGGUGGUCCUUAUGGAGGAGGACAGAGCGCGGCCAAUGCACAGAGUGCGAGUUUCAACAUCGGGCCUUUCUCAGCUUCGUUCAGCGCAGCUCAGUCCUCGUCCUCGGGAUUUUGAAUCUUUGAAAGCAUACUAGGAACUGAUGUCGAUCCCGAAUCACCCCUAAUUUAUUUCACCGCCGUUUAUCCGUCAUCGUUGUGGGUCCAUUGUUUACAAACAUUCUGCGUCACUAGGUACAAGUAAAUAAGCCUAACCGCGGGCGCGAGCCACCCCCUUUUGCCUCCUGAGAUUUCCUGAGAGAGCAAGUUUCCUUUGUCCGCGUGCCAUCAACCACCAGAUGUUCUCCAAAAUAAAACCGACAAAAAUAGCGCGACGUAGCGCCGCGAUUCGCGCACCAACAAGCGAGACCGUACAGGACAAACCCUGUGCGAGAGAGGCGAAAGGGAGGAGACGCCGGGUCGCGCGAGACGAAGGGUCGCUGGAUAAACGGCACAAAAGGAUAUAGGAAAGCCAAAGGAAGGAGGCCCGGUUAAAAGAGCGAGGACCUGAAAUCGAGAUCCGAAAAGUCCCGUGCAAUGACCGGGCGAGCUGCACACACGACGAUCCUUCGCCAGGCCGGUGCAGCGUCCUCCGCUUCAGGAUACUCUCUACCCUCUCGUUAUCUUCUUCUUUUCUUCACUCUUCUUUCUCAGGGCAGCCAGAGGGAGCGACGCCCUAUCGAGAACGACUGCGCAGGACGACGAGAAGCGUCGCAACUUUUCGGCGAAACGCUGAGAUUAUUUGUUUGUUGUUUAGCAAAAAUUUUAUUAUUUGCGGACAGGAGGAAUCAACAGUCUUGUGACUUCGACGAUUGUUAGUUUUUAAAUUUC